AUGAUUAGACAUUUCGAAAUUUUUACAGUUGAGCGUCGUCUGGUUCAAAUUUCUCAACUUUCUUCUCUAAAAGACACUCGUCUUGGAAUUGACGGUACACAUUGGCUUAGGAAACUUUUGCAAACCUCUGCAAAGGAAUCUGCGACCACGGCACUAGGCGGAAUACCAAUUGGAUUACGAUCAGCAAUAGAAAAGGAAUUAGAAUUAAUCAAAUCAUACGGAAUUACGCCAGUUUUUGUGUUCAAUGGACUUAAUAUAAUUCGAAAAGAUAAACCAUUCUCAACGGAGGAUACAAGACCCUCGAAACGUGCUCAAGCUUGGGAAGCUUAUGAGAAGGGUCGAGUGGAACAAGCUUACAGUAGCUGGGCAUCAGCAGUGUCUGGGUUCGUGCAUCAACCAGACUUGUUAUAUCUUGUUUUCAGUAUUUUGAAGGAGAAUGAUGUGGAAUUUAUGCGUGCUCCUUAUUUGGCUUGGGGACAGUUAGUCGACGAUUCGAUAGAUUUACUUAUCGUAAUCUCGCUUUUCAUUGCUUUCGAUGAAUUAGUGUAUUUAGAACGUCAUCAAAAAGGAUUCAUCCACGCAAUCUACGGUGGAUCUGAAUUAUUGAUGUAUGAUGUUGACAAAGUUAUCAUAAACUUGGAUUUAGAGAAAGGUACAUACUCUUGGCUCAACAAGAAAUCAAUUUUGAAUGACCUUGAUAUAACAGACGAACAAUUUCUUGAUGUUUGUAUUCUUGCGGGCUUUGAAUAUUGUAUCACCUUCCCGCCUCUUAGUUCCGAUUAUAGCGGCUUCACCUUUAAAAGUGUUCAUGAUUUAAUUAAGCAAUAUCGUACUGGAUUCAAUGCUGUUCAAAGCUAUGGGAAUCACGCGGGAGUGACCAAACACAAUUACGCAGAAGUAUAUUGUCGCACCAGGUGUGCCAUAAAAUUUCAUAUGGUGUUGACAGAUGAGGGAAAGGUCGAAUCAUUGAACCUCGAAAAUGCACCAAGUGAUAUUCAUGAUGUCAUUGGGUAUCGUUUACCUGAUGAAGUAUAUUAUUAUUUAUCCAAGGGUUUAAUGUCACCUCAGGUUAUUAACACUUUAAUUUCUGGUGUCCUGAUUGAAAAUUCGCCUUUGUGCAAUGGAGAAACGAUAGAGUAUAAAAAUUUCCUUGGUCAAUUACUUGAGCUCCGAACGCAAGCCAUGGGUUUGCUCACGCAGCCUUUGCACCAGUUUUAUCAAUCUAGGCGAGUUGUUAGUGUCUAUUGGUUUGAGCCAGGUAACGAACACCAUUUAAACCAUGGUGCACAGCCAAGCGUACAUGAAACUUUAAAUACUUGGAACGUUUUGGAAAGAGGAUUGGAAGAAGAGAAAAGGGCGCAAAAGACAUCCGUUAUCGAUAUUGCUUUCUGUUUGAAAGCAACAGCUACGGAGGAUCAGGCUGUCAAAACGGUGAUGCCAAAAAACAAUGAUAAAAUUAUUGAAUCUAAAGAUGAAAUUUUGGCUAAUGUGUUGUGGAAACUUUUGGACCUAAGGAAGUUCUUGACUUCAUCACAUACGCAUACUGCGUGGGGUAUUGCAUUUAAAAAGGCUCUAGCUACAUUCAAGCCUAACGUUAGGUCACAUCAUGAACAAUUAUUCUCUGCAUUAGAAUUAAUACGUUUUGGAUAUUUGAAUGGUAAUAAUCUUAGCAGAACGUAUUAUACAUCAUCAAUCGCUGUUAACGAUGAGGAGAAAAGACAUAUCCUCCUCCUUUCAAGGACUCUGAGUUUAAUUCCUGCAAAGUUCAAGGGAGUUUCUUGGAAUGGACCACUUAGCCGAGAGCUUUUAGCUUUUAAUAGCUUUGUAAGAGCAUUGAAUCGUUCUUUGCGAAAUUUGUGUGAAAUGUUAACUUUAUCAAUGUUUCUUAAUGGGGAUUGUGUUAGAGAUAGACAGGAUCUCCUUGAAAUCGCUUUAAGUUUACCAUUCUUGUAUGAUGCCAAUACAGGAAUGGGAAUAAUCGCUAAAACGUACCUUGAAACUGUAAUUAAGUUAUCAAAAGAUAAUGAUAGCAAGGGCUCAACGAGAUCACACGUAUCUGAAGCGUUAAAGAAACUCGAUGAAACUUUUACGGGGUGCAUAAAUGUGAAAGCAGAUUUAGAGAAUGGACUUGCAUUUUGGGAUGAGGUUAUGAUCGCGAUAAAUUCUCUCAAAGCAAGUGGGGCUAUUUCUAAUGAAACUGCAUCGCAAUUCAUAAACACGAACAAUUGGUUAUCUUCUAGAAGACCAUAA